GUGCUCACCCCCACCGUAUUGGCGCCGGAACCCAGUGGGGAAGAGAGAAGCAUCCGCGGCGAUGGCGGCGGCUGGAGAGGUACCGGAGAGCUCCACCGUCGGCGAGCGGUCGCGCGUGCCCUUCGCUCGGGGCGGCCCUGUGUUCGUCCCCUUCAUGGUGGGCCCUGUCUCCACCGUCCCCGAGUUCAUGUCCUCCACGCUCCGGGAGGUUCAGUCUUUGCAAGACGAAUUGGGCGACCCAGGGGACGAGUUCGAGGAGGAGCUCUCCGUCGAUGAGCUGAGGGUGCUCUCUGAGGAGGAGAUUGUGGAGCGCGCUCUCAGGGAGGCUAUGGAGGAGGAGCGGCGGGACUCUGGUACUCCAUCACAACCAGGGGAUCAAAGGUUUGAAGGAGGAAUCUCAGUGAAUUCCACUCCUGUAAAUGGGAUUUCCCCCUCAAGGGCAUCAGUUGUAAGACAGAGUUCUGGAUCAGCCAUCGAGGAUAUGGCAAUUGAACUGCCUGAACCGCAAGGUAGCAAUAGAAAAACAAGAGGUGGAAAGAAAAAAACCAGAGCCAAGAAGGCAAAAAACAGUCUUCCCGUCUCAGAUUCAACAGCUGAAAGAGAGACAGCUAGAUCACCUGCUGAGGCAAUUGUACCAUUUGAAUCACAAGGGAGCAAGGGUGAAAAUGGAACCACCACUUCAAAUUCAUCAAUUGAAAGUGAAACACCUGUGCCACCAAGGGAGGAUAUGGUAGUUGUUCCACAUGACCCAGAAGGCACAGAUGGGCAAACAAAAUGCAGAAAGGGCAAAAAGAGAGGCAGGCAUUUUGACCGGGAAGUUCGAGCACAUAUUUUACAGGGGAGAUAUCUUACUAAAGCAGAGAAGAUGGCAGAAAUCAAGGUUAAGCAAGAAGAAGACAAAUAUGCAGCGAGGUUGCACUCAUUCAGUGGUGAUUCUGUGAUGUCCAAAGGUCCGAAGGCAUUAGCCGAGAAAACUGAUAUGGCAAAAUCUCUUACAUACAUGAGUGCCGCUUGGAAGAACAAAGCUUUGAGAUCUGGGGAACACAGAUCUAUAGUCUAUCCAGAAGUAAUUCUUUGUGUUGAAUUUUAUGAGAAGAGACAUAGCUCUGUGAAAAGCCAGGAAUUUCUUGUGUUGGGAAGUCAGUUCCUUACAGAUCUAAAGGACAAUCUGUACUGUUUAACUAAUAAGUUGAUGGAGGUGAACAAGCAACAUGAUCGUUCUGGCUAUUUUCUUAUUGAGGACACGUUCUACAAUGACACGAGACAUUGUUCUGCUGUUGAUUACAGCAAGCCUAUACUUGACUGGCUUAACAAUUCCAGUGAUGAGGUGGCAGAGAAGUGGGAUGCCAUAACCUCUGGCGUGUUGAAGAGACAUCAAAAGAACUUGCUGAGGGGUUUGAAUAUUUCAAAUGUGCCCGAGUUUAAAUCUGCAAAAAUGCAAAGGACACGCUUUUCAGACCUGCAAUUCCAGCUUGGUGCUGGGUACCUCUACUGCCACCAGGGGAACUGCAAGCACAUGUUUGUGAUUAGAGACAUGAGGUUGAUCCACCCAGAAGACACGCAGAACCAAGCGGAAUACCCGCUCCUGACAUUCCAGUUGCAGAGGCGUCUCCAGAAGUGUUCGGUGUGCCAAAUCUACGUUGCAACGAAGAUGACAGUGGACGAUAAAUGGGCUCCAAGUAAUCCUUGUUAUUUCUGCAAGCAAUGCUACUACCUCCUUCACUACAAGGAGGACGACUCGCUGUUAUAUCAUCAUACCGUAUAUGAUUACCCGCAAGACUAAAAAUUGUUUUUUCACUAGAAGGCCUGGCAUUUACUUCUAGUCUCCUUCUGUGUAUAUUCUGUUUUUAAGGUUAAAAUGUAUAUUCUUUUCUGCAAGGAAAUACAGAUGCCGACAUGUAUUGUAUCGAUGGAUCUCUUUUUAAAUAUUACACCCUAUGUUUCGAAAUA